AUGAGCGUCGUCUCUGCAUGGGAGGGAGCUGUGGUCUAUUUAAAGCGGGUCAUCCAGCCACGGAUGAAAUAGCAGAAGAUCCACAGCCUGGUCUGGAUCUCCAAAGCUCCUCAUCCAGUCCUGAUUUGAUCCAAGCUGCGGCUCCAAGUCUCCUUGCUUUAAACAAGCGGCCCUCUGACAGAACCGGGGCUAUUGAGCUCCUCAUUUUUAUUUUGUACAUUUUAUAUUGAUUAUUGUAUUUUUUCUACACAAAAAUGGGGAGAGACUACUACAAGACGCUGGGGAUCUCCAAAGGAGCAACAGAAGAGGACCUAAAGAAAGCUUACAGAAAACAGGCGCUCAAAUGGCAUCCUGAUAAAAACAAGUCCGCAGCCGCCGAGGAGAAAUUUAAGGAAAUCGCCGAGGCUUAUGAAGUCCUUAGUGAUCCAAAGAAAAGGGAAAUUUAUGAUCAAUACGGAGAAGAAGGUUUGAAAGGAGGAAAUGGACCUGCUCCUGAUGGACAAGGUACCAACUUCACCUACACCUUCCAUGGAGACCCUCAUGCCACUUUUGCCACUUUCUUUGGCGGCUCCAACCCCUUCGAGAUGUUCUUUGGCCGUAAAGCGAAUGGCAGAGAUGACGAGGACAUGGAGGUGGACGGAAACGACCCCUUCGGCUCCUUCACCAGCUUUAACCUGAACGGCUUUCCUCGGGAUGGGCACGGAGGGCAGCAGCGCCGGAAACAGGACCCGCCUAUUAUACAUGAACUGAGAGUCACUCUGGAAGAGGUCUUUCAGGGCUGCACCAAGAAAAUGAAAAUAUCACGCAAAAGGCUAAAUCCAGACGGAAGGACCAUGAGGACGGAGGAUAAGAUUCUCACCAUUGAGAUCAAGAGGGGCUGGAAAGAGGGAACCAAGAUCACGUUCCCGAGGGAGGGAGACGAGUCACCCAACACCAUUCCUGCCGACAUUGUUUUCGUCAUCAAGGACAAACCUCAUCCUCACUUCAGGAGGGAAGGCUCCAACAUUGUGUAUCCAGUUCGUGUGAGUUUAAGACAGUCAUUGUGCGGAUGCUCCGUCACCGUGUCCUCCAUAGACGGGAAGACGUCUCACAUGAAGAUCACAGAUGUCAUCAAGCCUGGGAUGAGAAAAAUCGUAGCUGGGCAAGGCCUCCCCUUACCCAAAAACCCUGAACAGAGAGGAGAUCUGGUGGUAGAGUUUGAUGUGAACUUUCCAGAGACGUUGCCUGGGAACGCCAAGGACGUGCUGAAACGACACUUACCCACAUAGGACAAGAGGACUGGGACUCCACGCCGACGGCCUGAUGACAAUUACUUCAAUCAAGAGACACUUUUCCCGCAAGGACAGUUCUGCACAGAUGGACCCCAACUGAUGAAUGUGUGGUGUCUCUUUUAGAGCUAUUUGGUGUUUUCAUAGAUAUUGUGCAUGCUGCCAAGCUGAUACAAGUGCAAGUGAGAGACUGCUUGAGCUCUGACUGUUAUGUGAAACUACACGCUUGUUAUAAGUGGCCCUUUGGUUGGAAAUAGCUGCCAAAAAUCCCAUUCAUGUCGGGAAAACCGUACUGAACAAAACAUUUAGAUUCUUUUUU